AUGACGCUUUUUAACAUCCCCGAGUUGAAAACUCGUACUGGAACUUUACGCGCCUAUCACUUGGCUGCCAUCGUCUUUAUCUCGUCCUUCCUCUCAGCCUAUGACUCUGGAAUCGCAGGUGGUAUCCUCACCUACAAGUCCUUUGAGAAUGAUUUUCGAUACUCGGCGGCCCAAAAGUCAAGAUCAAGAGUCUCGUCUUUGACCGUUGGUUUGGAACAACUGGGCUCGUUCAUCGCGGCUGGUUGCGUCUACCCUCUCACCAACAAGUAUGGUCGGAAGAUCUGCAUUAUUGCCUCAACUGCUCUGUUCGUGGUCGGAGUAAUCAUUCAAGUCAUCAACACUCGCUCGCUUGCGGCUUGGUACAUUGGUCGUAUUGUCGCAGGCUUGGGAAUGGGCGGUCACAGUGUCGUGAUUCCCAUGUACUCGGCCGAAAUGACUCCCAAGGAGAUUCGAGGCCGAUGCGGUUCGUUUACCAGUGGCUCUAUGCUUGGGGUGUCUUUGUCGCAUACUGGGUCAACUAUGUGGGUUUCCACCAUUUUUGGCGUAUCCGAAACCGCUUCUCUGGCUGGCUCCUCGCGCGAGUGGCAGAUCCCAGUGGGUCUGCAAUUGAUCUCCGGAGGCAUCCUCUUUAUCGGCACUCUUACCCUCCCUGAGUCCAUUCGCUGGCUGCUGACCCAGAACCGCACUGACGAUGCCUGGAAAUCCAUUGUUUGGAUCAGAGGUGGUGAUGGCGACAAGACCAGCGCUGAGUUCGCCGAGACACAAUUAGGGCUGCAAGCCGAGCGCGCAGAGCGUGAAGGAUUGAGAAACCUUCUCAAUCAGCGAACUCUGGGAGCCCGCAAAUCGUCUGCGCUUCUUCGUUGGACCUCUCAUGUUUAUCUUUCAAAAUGCGACGGGAAGCAGCGCGCUGGCUGUAUUUGCUCCGCAGUACUUCAAGCUCAUCGCUGGCAGCGGUACGAACCGCAACAUGCUGCUAACCGGUCUCUUCGGUGCCGUCAAAGUCAUUGCAUGUACAAUUUUAUCUGGGUCCUCGCAGAAAGACUAAGUCGUCGCAUGACGUUGGUCGGUGGCGCAUUACUGAUGGCCAUGUGCAUGUUGAUCACAGCACACAUCGUUGACUAUAUCCCAACACAGUCGUCCACCAACGUUACAGCUGCUGGCCGUGCGACAGCCGCGAUGAUCUACCUGGAUAUCAUUGUCAAGAUCUUCCUAACACGGAUCCGUGCUCUCGGGUUGGCGGUCAGCAUGUUGGCUCACUGGGCAUCGUCCUUCUGCUUCUCAUUCGCAAGUCCUUAUAUGAUCUCCAAAGUGGGUGCUAACACGUUCCUCAUCUUCAUGGGCUUCAAUUUCGUGGCCGCUGUUUUCUGCUGGUUCUUUGUUAAGGAGACUCGUGGCAAGAAUCUGGAGGUCGCUGCUGGUACCGAGUGGGAAGCUGCUGAGCGAACCUCUCGUGAAGAUGGCGAAAAGGGCGUUGUUGUGGGGGUGGACGGCAAGUAG